GCUCCCGGUGGGGCGGUGCGCGUCGGGCGCGGGGUGGAGUCUGUGGUGACUUGGCUGGCGGGAUGAACUGCGGCUACUUCAGGCUGAGGUGGCAGAUAGUGAGCGCUGGUGGCGGAGUUAAAAUCAGAACAGGAGAGUAAUUAUGAAUAGCGCAGCGGGAUUCUCACACCUAGACCGUCGCGAGCGGGUUCUCAAGUUAGGGGAGAGUUUCGAGAAGCAGCCGCGCUGCGCCUUCCACACUGUACGCUAUGACUUCAAACCUGCUUCUAUUGACACUUCUUCUGAAGGAUACCUUGAGGUCGGUGAAGGUGAACAGGUGACCAUAACUCUGCCAAAUAUAGAAGGUUCAACUCCACCAGUAACUGUUUUCAAAGGUUCAAAAAAACCUUACUUAAAAGAAUGCAUUUUGAUUAUUAACCAUGAUACUGGAGAAUGUCGACUAGAAAAACUCAGCAGCAACAUCACUGUAAAAAAAACAAGAGUUGAAGGAAGCAGUAAAAUUCAGUAUCGUAAAGAACAACAGCAACAACAAAUGUGGAAUUCAGCCAGGACUCCCAAUCUUGUAAAACAUUCUCCAUCUGAAGAUAAGAUGUCCCCAGCAUCUCCAAUAGAUGAUAUCGAAAGAGAACUGAAGGCAGAAGCUAGUCUAAUGGACCAGAUGAGUAGUUGUGAUAGUUCAUCAGAUUCCAAAAGUUCAUCAUCUUCAAGUAGUGAGGAUAGUUCUAGUGACUCAGAAGAUGAAGACUGCAAAUCCUCUACUUCUGAUACAGGGAAUUGUGUCUCAGGACAUCCUGCCAUGACACAGUACAGGAUUCCUGAUAUAGAUGCCAGUCAUAAUAGAUUUCGAGACAACAGUGGCCUUCUGAUGCAUACUUUAAGAAAUGAUUUGCAGCUGAGUGAAUCAGGAAGUGACAGUGAUGACUGAAGAAAUAUUUAGCUAUAAAUAAAAAUUUAUACAGCAUGUAUAAUUUAUUUUGUAUUAACAAUAAAAAUUCCUAAGACUGAGGGAAAUAUGUCUUAACUUUUGAUGAGAAAAGAAAUUAAAUUUGAUUCAGAAAUUUCAG